AAGAUAGUUCGGAUUAUGUUGUUAUUUUGUUAAAAUCAUAUUUGUUAUCAAUGAGAUUAUUUCAGAUCGGCUCACGGCAAACGUUAAGCCAACACUGUAACGUAAAUUGCAAAGAUUUUACGACACACAUGCGGAUUACGGCAGUAUAGAUGCACGCCUGUGUAAUCUACAGCAGCAGCAGCAGCAGCAGCCGCCGCCGCCGUCGGCAGCAUGGCCAAGAAAAGAAAGUUUCAGACAGCAUGGGAGACCGAAAGCUCAAAAAGCGUUGUUACAUCAUUAAAAGAAGGAAGCAGCACAAGGGCAGAUGUUAAAGAAUUGUUGGUAAAUGAUGAUGAGCAUGAAGACAUUUUCCAGACUGAAUAUGCACCUAGUGCAAGCGAAGAUGAGGGUGAAAGUGAUGAUGAGAGGAAACACCAAAAACUUUUGGAGGCCAUCGGCGCUCUGGAUGGGAAGAAAAAGAGGAAACUGGCAGAAAGGUCAGAAGCAAGCUUGCAAGUGUCAGAGUUUGCACUAAGUUCAGAAGGUGCAGGAGAGAAGAUUGAACUGUCUGAUUUGCUUCACACAAUUGGUCCCUCAACUCCAUCCCUUGCUUCUGUGAAAAAUCAACUCAAAGCACUCCAAGGGAAAGAAAAGACAUUAGAUCUUCCUCUAAGUCGCCAAGAGACUGAAAAGAUUCAGCGGACUGUGGCCUAUGAGAAGACUUCUAAGGAGGUUGAUCGUUGGAAUCAUGUGGUGAUUCAAAACCGGAAGGCAGAGAAACUGGUUUUCCCUUUAAAUGAAGAGCCUGUAACAGUUAAACCUGUAGAGCAAAUCUUGACAAGUUGGAAGCCCAGAAGCCCCUUGGAAGAAGAAAUAUUCAACCUUCUGCACAAAAACAAGCAACCCAUCACCAAUCCUCUAUUGAAGCCUUUUGAAAAGGACUCCCUAUAUGCUAUGAGCCUUGAAGAAAUGAAGAUACGCCGUGCAGAGCUGCAGAAAGCUAGAGCCCUCCAGUCUUAUUAUGAGACCAAAGCCAAAAGAGAAAAGAAAAUUAAAAGCAAGAAAUACCACAAAGUUAAGAAGAAACGAAAACAGAAAGAAGUUUUAAAAGACUUUGAAGAGAUGCGGAAGACAAAUCCAGAUGCAGCCUUAGAGGAACUAAAGAAACUGGAGUUUUCUAGAAUGAAGGAACGAAUGUCCCUUAAACAUCAGAACAGUGGAAAAUGGGCAAAAUCCAAAGCCAUCAUGGCCAAGUAUGAUGAAGAGGCAAGAAAGGAAAUGCAAGAACAACUGGAGAUGAAUAAGCAGUUAACACAAAAGCUGGAAGUUGUAUCAGAAAGUGAAGAAGAGGAUAAUGCAGAAGAUGUGGAAGUCCUUCCAGAUUUUGUCAAUGAUGCUCAGUUCAAUGUAGACCCUGCGAACCCUUGGAUGUUGGGAAAACUUAGUAGUGAUGUUACAGAUUCAGCACCAAAAGAAAAUGAAUCAAGUAAUAUACAAGAAUCACCCGCAGCACCUGCUGAAGAAAGUGAAGCAGAGGAAGAUGAAGAGGAUAUUCUUCUGAGGGAAUUUGAAGAAAAACGGAGUUUACAGAGAGAUGCUGAUGUAAUUGUUGUUGCAGAUGCAGAUGAAAAUCAAGAUGGGUCCCACCAAAUGCAAGGUAAAUACUAUGAAGAAGAUGAAGAGAAAAGGGCAUCAGAAUUUAACAGCCUCUUCAAGAGACUCGUGGAAAACCAGUCCAGCACUCUGAAGGAAGUAAAAACUAAUUCGGUUUUCAAAUCUCAGAAAACAGAAGACAUUCAGUCUCUGCAGGUAGAAACAGAGGAGGCCCCUUUUCUUAAUGAAAGCACAACACUGGCAAGAACAAUGGAAGAUAUAGAGGUGCUUGUUCGUGAGGAGGUGAUAGAGACAACUUUUCCUGUAGCUAGUGCAUCCCCAUUGGUAGUGGAUGUGGAAGCCGAACAGAACAAGAUGGGUAAAACUGAUCAUAUGAAGAAGCAGAUUAUUGACCCUAAAAAUAUCCUGAACAUGCAGUCCAAAGUGAUUCAUAUACCAACAGCUCCUCUUGCCAUAGAAGACGAAGAGGGGGAGGAUCAGCAGAAGAUGAUCAUCAAAGAAGCAUUUGCCUCAGAUGAUGUGAUAGGUGACUUUUUAAAGGAUAAACAAAAGCAGAUAACAGCAGACAAACCAAAGGAUGUUGAUUUAGUUCUACCAGGAUGGGGAGAAUGGGGUGGUGUUGGGCUUAAACCAUCUGCAAAAAAGCGACGUAGAUUUAAAAGAAAAGUGCCACCUGCUGCACCAAGAAAAGAUAAAGCUCUUCCAAAUGUCAUCAUAAAUGAGAAGAGAAAUCCGUCUCUGGCAGCCCACCAGGUAGCUGAUCUGCCCUACCCAUUUGAAAUCCCCUCCCAGUUUGAGCGCACCAUUCGUUGUCCCAUUGGAAGCACAUGGAAUACACAGCGUUCUUUUCAGAAGCUGACAGCUCCUAAAGUCAUUACUAAAAUGGGUGCCAUCAUCGAUCCCAUCAGUGAAGAUGCUUUGGAUAAAAAUGAUGAAAACGCCACUAAAAAUCCAGUUGCAGAUAUCAAAAUUGCAGACAAAAGGCACAAAACCACAAACAAUCAAAAGAAGAAAUAUCAAAAGAACAAAGGACAAAAGCAUGAACACACAAAGAAGAAGAAGAAAACCACUCAGUCCAAAUCAAAUGUGUAAUUGUAUAGACCUCUGUUUAACAAAAGGGUUGGGUAUGAUUUGAUAUCAAAUAUUUGUAAAUGUAUGAUAGCAGUCCUCCAAGCUGUUAAUAUUUUAAAGUGUAUGAGUUAACUCAGGCUGUCAAAUAUGCAGUCUGUAUUAGGAACAGUAAGAUCUAGGGCUGCACCAACAAAAAAAUAAUCCUAUUGUAUAAAGUUGUAGCCCUUCUGAUACUGAUACUACAUUAAGGUUUGGGUAAUUUUAUCCCACCCAACAAAAUGAAGUUACUCUGGUCAUGUUUAAAAUAAAAUCCUACGUGAUGCAUUUUUGCACAAAGGUCACCUUUUUAUAAUUUCAUCUCCUUAAGCCCUACUUUUCUUUAGAGUGGUGAGUCAGUUUAAAACAGAUAAUGCCUGUGGAGGAAGUUGAUUUACUUACGUAUCCUUAUAUGAUGUCAGACCAUUUCACAAGAAAUCAAGGUAGCAUCAUGGCACAAUCAUUUUGUUAACCACCUUCAACUGAAAAGUUCAGCAUUCAACUACUUUUUUAAAUAUAUAAACUACUUGUAUAGUAUGUCUUCACUGAACAAUAAAUUAAUUUGGCCCCAGUUA